UCUCUCUCUCUAAAACCACCGCAAUCGAAACUUCUAGGAACCCCGGCCGCCUCUUCCACUCUUCGAUUGGCGGGCCCUCCACCGGCUCCUCAGAGCCGCCGCUAUCGAUAUCGGGACGAUGAGCUUCUCGUCGCUUCUUCUCCUAAGGAUCCUCGGUUUCCGGCGACCGUCGCUCGCAAGGCGGCGUCUCCUGCAGCGGCGACGCCUAGGCAGAGGAACGUGCAGUGGGUGUUCUUGGGGUGUCCAGGCGUUGGAAAGGGGACUUAUGCGAGCAGGCUCUCGAGUCUCCUCGGCGUUCCUCAUAUUGCUACUGGCGAUCUCGUCCGCGACGAGCUUAAUUCGUCCGGUCCCCUCUCGAAGCAGCUUUCUGAAUUAGUCAAUCAAGGAAAAUUGGUAUCAGAUGAAAUUAUUAUAAAUUUACUGUCCAAGCGUCUUGAGGAUGGAGGAGCAAAGGGAGAAUCAGGAUUCAUUCUUGAUGGUUUUCCAAGAACAGUAAGACAAGCGGAAAUACUUGAUGGAGUGACUGAUAUUGACCUGGUGAUCAAUCUGAAGCUCAGAGAGGAUAUAAUACUCGAGAAAUGCCUCGGGAGGAGGAUUUGCAGCCAAUGUGGUGGAAAUUUCAAUAUUGCUAAUAUCAACAUCAAAGGUGAAAAUGGGAAGCCUGAUAUAUCUAUGGCGCCGCUUCUACCACCCUCUCACUGCUCAUCAAAGCUUAUUACUCGCUCUGAUGAUACUGAAGAGGUGGUAAAGGAGCGCUUGCGUAUAUACCAUGAGCUGAGCGAGCCUGUGGAAGAGUCCUACCGAAAGCAAGGGAAGCUUUUGGAGUUUGAGCUUCCUGGAGGAAUUCCAGAAUCUUGGCCAAAACUAUUACAAGCAUUGAACCUCGAUGACCAUGAUGACAAACAAUCUGCUGCUGCAUAACCAUCAGUUAGAGGUUAAAUACUCUUCUAGCAUGUUUGCAAUUGUACAUGCAUGGUUAGCGGUCAUUUUGAAAUCAUUCUUUAAUUAAGACAUACCUGCAACUUGUGCUUUUAAACAGCAGGAGAGAGAGUGUUUUGUAGCUUUUAGUUGUAUGGAGAGUUACACUUUCAACUGUUGAGACAGGAUUCGAGUGAUAUUUAUGUAAGUAGUAAGUUUGGUCGAUUAGUCAAGUUUUCGGUAAAAAACAAAUCUUAAUCGAUUGGUUUAUUUCCCUUUUGAA